GAGGGGGGUGGGGGGGAGAGGAUGUUUGUGGAUCAGCCGGCGUGUCCACCUCAGCUCCUGCUGCGGGGCUGGGGAGCGGUGCUGCUGUCCCAGUGCUUGUCCUCCGUGUCCUCCCAGGUCCCGGAUCCCGAGCUUUUGCCCACAGAUCCCCCGAAGAAGCCGGACCCCAUCACCUCAGAGUCUGUGGUUUUCUGGGGGCUGCGGUUAUGGCAGGUCAUCGCCAUCUUUUCAAUGUUUAUUUUAGCAAUCAUUAUCACCCUAUGUUGUAUAUUCAAGUGUCGCAUCCCGAGGACCAAAAAGGAAAUAGAGGCACGGCACGCGCAACGACUGGCCGCCAAGAAAUACGCCAACACGUUAGAGACGGUGCCACCGCUGAACGAGCUGACGGAGAUCCCCGGAUCUGCAAAGGUAGAAGAGAAAGAAGAGGUGAACACAGUCUCUGGUAAAGUGGACGCCGAUAAAGGAGACAAGAAGUCCAAGGAGGGCAAGAAGGAGGGCAAGGCUGCCAAACAAGAGAAAGGAGACGAAAAGGAUGCGUCGUCAAAGAAGGGCGAAAAGGGACCCAAACCAGACGCUGCUGGAGGAAAAGGGAAGAAACCUGGAGAGAACGGGGACAAAGGGGAGAAAGGAGGCAAAGCGGCGGCUAAAGGGGGGGCGAGGAAAGCUCAAAAGUGAACUCUCGCGCCCAGAGACAAUCACCCAAAAAGAUCAAUGCAGAUUUCUCACUGCACCACCUUUUUUCUAUCAUGACGUUUGUAUAUUAUAUUUGAAAUAAACAAAAAUCUUGUAUAUAAGAACA